UACUUACAUACUUAACAACAAACAAAACUCAGUAUGUUUGAUGACUUCUUCACUCGAAUUGAAACAGAGCUUGGACCACUGAACCCAGACUGGUUUGAGGAGUUGACUGCAAAAGCGUCUAAAGAUGGCAGUGAGAACCUCGCUGUCAUUGAGGACGUCGCCUCGUCUCAUAAACACAAGUGCAGCUUCAAAGCACAGGUUGAGGAGCUCAUCCCAGGAAGCCAGAUGUGUUCAACACCUAAAGUGUUUAGGUGUUUACAGCAACAUUCUCCGGACUCUGUUACUGGGGAAUUUUCAGGAUUGCAGAGUCCAUGUCCUGUUCUGCCAGGUCCAGAAUCAAGCCCGUGUCUGUUUGGGUCCACAAAAGACAGCAAGCAGUGUGAGAAAGGCUGGGGAUCAUUAAAGUCAAAUGGGUGCUUUGAUUUGCUCGAUACACCCAAGAGUUUACUGCCUCAGGAAUCGAGUGCACGGCGCAUCUGUGAGAGUCUUGGAGCUCAGUUAAAUCCAGAUCUGUCGUGGAGCAGUUCCUUCAACACCCCGUCAUCACUGAGCCCCACUGUUCUUUUGUCUAAAAAGGAACCCCUGACUUCACCAGUAAGUUUUCGCAGGGACACAGAAGUCAUUUUUGUACGGAAGCUGUUUCCAUCUCUCUCAAAAGGUCCAGAUUCAGCAUGUCUGACUGCCCAACACAACGAUAUUAACUUAUUAUUUACAGUAUCAUACGUGAACAGCCAGCAUAAUAAACAGAAAUCGGAUUCAUCGUCUGACAGCACGGGUGAAGACUGGAGGCAGACCGUACCGGACGCAAUAAAGGACAACGACGUGCGGAACACGGUGGAGAACGUUCUCGAUGGUGCCGAGGAUGUUUUGUCCAUCUUCUUUAGCAACAGCGGCUCGGCUCUUCGCCGAGUUAAAUCCAAGGAGAGGACGAAAAGAAGAGUGAACGGUUUAACCAAGGAAGUAAAAUCUAAUUCUGUGACGGUGGAGAACACUACGGAAAAGGACGUAAGCACAACCGACCGCUGUACAGCCGCCGCGACGAAAUCUCCUCUGUUUUCAAACCCACCUUAUAAUAAAAGCUUUACACAGUGGACUCCACUGAGUUUAUCUGAUGUGCAAGAACCAAAGGCAAACCAAGUCUGCACCUCAGAAUUAUCAGCUAAGUGCAAUAGUUUAACAUCAUUUAACGACGACUCGACACAGCGUGAUGAGGACUGUACCGUACAACAGUCCCCUUCCUGCUCUUAUCAGAGAAACACUCUCUCCCUCGACUCUCAAAGAUCUCAGGUACAAGGUUCUUUGCUGAACGUGUCUGCUGCACUUACCUUCUCAAAAAACCCGAGGAAGUUUGUUUAUCGUGUAAAAAGUUCAACCAGCAGGCGAGGAAAACAAAAUGUUACCCCAGCAGGAUCCUCUCGUUCAGUCACUGAUAUUUCGAAUGAAAAGCACUACAACGAAGACAUGGACGCUGAAGGUCAUUUUCUGCAACCAGCAGAUUCUCUGAUUAAUCAGGAUAAUCCUGCAACCCACAACAUGGACCAUGAUCUUGACACGACGCAGCUUUGUAAAGCUUUUGCGGAGGAUUUUACUCAGGAAGCGUGUCAGAAAUCGGAAAAAUCUCCCAACAAAAGUGUGUCAGAUUGCACAACAAUGGAAAUAAGUGAUGUGCGGGCUAAACCAGACCUUGAAGAAUUUUGUAAGACUGGUUUUGACCCACAGGACUUCCAGAGUAAUUGCAAGGAAACAUCGGCAGAAGACACUAAUUUGAUAAAUGAGCAAAAGAUGGAAAGUACAAACUGUGAAAGUCUGAAACAUGACAGUGGUUAUCCUGCAGAUUCUAGCAGGGAAUCUUUAUUAGUAAGUGGUUCUGAACGUCUUCAUUCUGGAUUCAAGACGGCAAAUAAUAAACCUGAAGCCAUAAUAAAGACCAAGGCAAUGUUAGAUGAAUCCUUUGAGCUUAUGACUGGCACAGUCGGUUCAACAAUGUCGUCUUGCAGACCAGUUUUGGCAAGUACCGCUAGAGACGAAAGGCCGUUAGAACAAGAAACCUCUGAUUUUAUAUCAGCUGGGACAAUCUCAAGUUCUGAUACGGUUUCAGAGAAAACUCCCUGUCCCUCAGUUUGCAAAACCACUAACUGUGCAUUCAAAACCGCAUCUAACCAAAGUAUUACUGUCACGUCUGCUAAUCUUGAGAAAGCCGAAGGCAUGUUCAAGGAAUGUGAGGAAGAAAAUGUUAGCUCUCGUGUGUCAAACACUGGAAAGGUCACAGAUCAAGUCCAGAAUGCAAUAAAAGAUGUGAAAUCUAACUUAAACGGUCAAGAUACAUCCAAAUAUUCCACCCAUAACGAUGCUGACGGGAAUUGGACUUUGACAGCCUCGCAGAAAGCAGACGUAUCCGAGCUGUGCAGUUUGUUGGAAGAGGCGAGCAGCCAGUACGAAUUCACACAGUGUAGGAACGCCAAGUCUAGCACGAAAUCUCAGGAUGGUGCUCAGUUUGAGAAAGACUGGGAUCCUGACAUGCUUGCUGGCAUUGACUUUGAUGAUAGUUUUCACUCUGAUUUUGGAAGACAAAUGUCAAGAAAAAACCAGGCCAAGGCUGAUUCGCCUGUUCCACACACCAGGGUCUUAAACAGUGUCUCGGAUGGCGGCGUAUUUAUUAAAGAUAUAAAUGUCAGCGACUCGCAGCGGAAUUCAUUGGGAACGGGAAAUGUGAAACAGUGCUCGGAUGAUGCCAGUCAGAAUUUGUCAGAUGGUUCUGGUUUUAAAACCACCAGCGACAAUGUCCAAAGUGUCUCGGAGAAAUGUUCGAGCAAGUCCAGAAGCCCAGAUUUAGAGGACAGUGAAGAAGUCAAUACAGUUGACCAAAAGGAAAACCCUUCAGUUGACUAUUGUGGCAAGUCUCACACCACUGCCAAGGAAUUCCACGGUGAACUUAACUCCGAGGUUAAUGAGAACACGAGCUUACCAAUGAAAGACGGGAAACAAACCUGUGGCGAAAUACGUUUGGACUCUAAGCAAGAAGACUGGGAAUCUAAUUUACUUCACAGAAGCACAGGUUCUGGAUUCAGGACCGCUGGUGGGAAGGAAGUAAAGAUAUCAGAGAAAGCUCUCCAGGAUGCAAACGAACUUCUUAAUGAAGUCACGUUUAGUGAGGAACCUUCCUACAGCACCAACAAAGUCGAUCCAAAACCAAAAGCGGUUUCUUGGAGUAAGCCUGCUCUGCAAAGUCCAUCUGACACAGUGGCAGACGUAGUUCAUGAUUCUGCCAACGCUAUUAAAAAGCACAAGUCUGAAAACAGAACAGAAAUGAAACAGACAGCGUAUCGAACGCCUCGAUCCGUGCAAGGUGCCGAGUUUAAAAGGACCGGUGGGAAAAGAACGACAGAUUUCACAGGUGAUGUUCACAAAUCAAAAAGCCUUUUAAAAGAUAUUGAUGGCAAUUUGGAAAGCUUCGACGAGACCAAAUUAAAGCAAGGAAAUAUGAAAUUUUAUGCCGAGUCAGAUCCAAACCAACACGCGUGUGUCAACGGAUUUAAGUUGGCAAGUGGUAAAGGAGUUAGCUAUUCUGAAAAAGCAUUCACGAAGGCGAAAGCUCUUUUUAAAGACUGCGAUCCUGACGGGUCGGAUAUUUGUCGAGAAAAAGGAGACGAGACAAGUGUGAUGGAUGACUCUGGCUUUCAGGCUGUUUCAGGAAACAUGGCACAUUUGUCUGCAAUAGACAGAGAAACCUUGUGUUUUAAGAAGGAAACGCCAGUUUGGACUGAAACCUCGCAAAGGAAGUUCAGCAAAACCUCAGCUGAGCCGCUUGAACACACGUCGGGCUGUGGUUUCAGUACAGCAAGUGGUACGGAGGUGUCCGUUUCAAGUGAAGCUCUUCAGAGAGAUAAGGUUAUGUUUGAGGAUUCAAAUGCUGCUUUAGCUUGUGAAAAAAGUCUGGAAAUAUCAGAAAAGAUGAUUGUUCAAGAGAAGAGGGUUGGCUCCAAUGUUCCAGAACAAGCCUGUGGCUUUAGUACUGCAAGUGGGAAAAGUGUUGCCGUAUCUGACAAGGCUCUUAAAAAAGCAAGAAGUCUUUUUACCGACUGCGAAGUGGAUGGUUUAGCACCUGAUGCAAACCUGACUGCAAAGAGAUCAGGUGCAGAUCUGAGAAUCCCAAGAACUUUUAGUACCACCUGUGAAAAAGGUGAUUUGGAAAAGUCACUGAUGGAGGAUAAAUCUGGGAACGUGGUUCCAGGAGGGAGCUUGGGUUUCAGUACAGCAGGUGGAAGAAAAAUCGCAUUAUCUGACAAGGCGCUCGAAAAAGCCAAGAGUCUUUUUGUUGGAUGUAAGGUGGAUGAUCUAACAUCUGAUGAAGGCCUUGCUGGAAAUACAGAUCCUCAGAUUUCAAACGGAGCUCCUUUCAGCACUGAAGGGGAUCAAGAGGCUGCUGUUUUAGCCAAGUCUCUGAAUAAGAUGAAUAAUUCUUUGUCUGAAUAUUCCAGUGAUGCGCAACCUUGUGGAACGAGAGUCAGAGUUUUAGAAGACGAGGCUGUACCCAAAAAACAGACUACUGUUUCGGGAGGAAGCCUUGGCUUUAGUACUGCAAGUGGGAAAAAGGUUGCAGUAUCUGAAAAGGCUCUUAAAAAAGCAAGAAGUAUUUUUACAGACUGCGAAGUAGAUGGUUUAGCACCUGAUGCAAACCUAACUACAAAGAGAUCAGGCGCAGAUCUGAGAAUCCCAAGAACGUGUUUGCCUUUUAGUACCACCUGUGAAAAAGGUGAUUUGGAAAAGUCACUGAUGGAGGAUAAAUCUGGGGACAUGGUUCCAGGAGGGAGCUUGGGCUUUAGUACAGCAGGUGGAAGAAAAAUGGCAUUAUCUGACAAGGCGCUCGAAAAAGCCAAGAGUCUUUUUGUUGGCUGUGAGGUGGAUGAUCUCACACCAGAUCCUAAGAUCUCAAACGGAGCUCCUUUCAGCAUUGAAGGGGAUCAAGAGGCUUCUGUUUCAGACAAGUCUCUGAAUAAGAUGAAUAAUUCUACGUUUGGAUAUUCCAGUGAUGCGCAACCUUGUGGAACGAUAGUCAGGGUUUUAGAAGAUGAGGCUGUACCCAAAAAACAGACUACUGUUUCAGGAGGAAGCUUUGGCUUCAGUACGGCAAGUGGGAAAAAGGUUGCCAUAUCUGAGGAGGCACUGCAAAAUGCAAAGAGGCGAUUUAUAGACUGCGAAACGGAUGAUUUAGCAAAUAAUGAAAGCCUUUCAGUGAAGAAAUCAUUUGCAGAUCGCUUAAAGAUCCCUAAUGAAACAAGUUUGUCUUUUAGCACUUCCAGUAGGAAAGGGGUAGCUGUGGUGGAGAAGUCACCACAUGAGAGUCUUUUAAGCAUUCCAGAUGACGAGAAAAACUCUCACGGCAAAGAUUUCCCUACUGAAAACGGAUCUGAGCCUGUAAAUCCAAAACGGUUUGAAGAAAAACACGAGGACUUGGUUUGUAGAGCCUCAAAAGCUGAUCAGUUCGGAUCAGGAAAUUUUGGCUUCAGCACAGCCAGCGGAAAAGGUGUGUCUGUGUCAAAAUCAGCCAUACAGGCAGCUUUCGAGAUGUUCAGAGACUGUGAUCGACAAGAUACUAACGACCAGUCUCAAACUACCAUUACCUCUGGGUGCCAGUCUGCAAAGACUACUAAGCAGUGUACUCCAUUCGUCCCAAAGACUAAUACAAUGAAUCAGACUGAAGCCACGGAUUCAUCUCUUCACGUACAAGCUACACAAAAUAACCCCCUGAUAGACUGCAAUCCCUUAAAGCUUGAUGGGUGCACUGUGACCCAGCAGAAGUAUUUCGAGCAAGAAGCAAUGGCCUGCACUAAAGCACUUUUAGAAGACGAUCUCAACGAGCACGGUUUACUAGGGACGCAGAAAUCUGCAGGUAGUGGAAAUCUCGUUCCUCAAGAGCAGAUCUGUCCAGAGGGCAAGACUGGACAGAGAAAGCGAACAUCAGAUGACAGAAAUGUAACAGCCCAACCACCUUUAAAAAGAAGACUAAUAUCAGAGUUCGACCAAUUUUCUGAUGAGAGAAGAGUUUGUACGCCUGUGAACAGCAGCCCUAAUGGCACCCUGAGAGACAGAAGAGUCUUCAAGUACAACAUCCAGUUAAAGCCCAAUGUUACUUAUCCAGCUAGGGAUGUCCAAAACCAGCAAACGACCUACUCUGAUCACCAAAAGAGAUCAUCUGACCCUCAGAAACCCUCAGUGUUUAUGCCCCCAUUUCGAAAGAACGUUAAACCUGAGAUGGCAAAAAAUAAUAUGCCAACAAACGUGGAUCAAACUGCCAGUGUGUUUGUUCCACCGGCUAAAAAGGAGAAGAGCGAUCAUGGCAGGAGUUCCCCCCAAAUUUCUACAGACUCUGAUUCCCUGCUGAUCUCAAGCUCUAGUUCUGGAAACAAGAUUGAAAAGGGAGAAACGGCAAUAAAGAAAGAAGAGAAGCGAGAUCAGACCACUGUACCUUGUGAAACAAAAGUCACUUGGCAGCAGUCUGUGGAAUUGGCACGAGACAUGCAGGACAUGAGGCUCAGGAAAAAGAAGCGCCAGAAAAUUCGACCUCUCCCUGGCACCCUUUACCUGGCAAAGACGUCCGGAGUGGCCAGAAAUUCACUCGGAGAGGCGGUACAAUACCGAAACCCACUUCAACACACCAAGGAAGAGCUGUAUCGGUUUGGGGUGAAGAGCAGUGUUUUUCGAAUAAGCAGUGAGAACGCGGAAUCGUUUAGGUUCAGCUGUAAUGACUUCUUUAAACCUGAGCAGUUCACAGAGACCGGAGGGGUUCAGCUGGCUGAUGGUGGGUGGCUCAUUCCAGAUAGCGAAGGAAGUCUCGGCAAAGACGAGUUCUACAAAGCUUUAUGCGACACCCCUGGUGUUGAUCCCAAACUGAUAAACGAAGCAUGGGUAUACAACCACUAUCGGUGGAUUGUGUGGAAACGGGCCAGCAUGGAAAGAGCUUUCCCAGAAACCAUGGGUGGUAGAUGUCUCAAUCCAGAGCAAGUCCUCCUACAGCUCAAACUCAGGUAUGACGUUGAGGUGGACCACAGUCGCCGAUCUGCCCUGAAGAAAAUCAUGGAGCGGGACGACACUCCAGCCAAGACCUUAGUGCUGUGUGUGUGUGGCGUUGCCAAAUCUCAUCCCAGUGAAGAGAGUUCAGAGAAGCCCACAGACUCCACUGAUACCAAAGCUGCAGCGAUCGUAUGGCUUACUGACGGCUGGUACUCGAUUAAAGCACUGCUGGACCUUCCACUGUCCACCAUGCUGCAAAGGGGUCGUCUGGAAGCGGGUGUGAAACUCAUCAUCCAUGGUGCGGAGCUGAUUGGCUCUCAGGAUGCGUGUCCUCCUCUAGAAGCCCCUGAUUCACUUAUGCUGAAGAUUUCAGCCAACAGUACGAGAAGAGCUCGUUGGGACACCAAGCUCGGUUUCUAUAAAGACCCUCGACCUUUUCCGCUGUCACUUUCUACGCUGUAUCCUAACGGCGGAGUCGUGGCUCGUGUGGACAUCGUUGCUUUGAGGAGUUACCCCACUCAGUGGAUGGAGAAAAGGCCUGGUGGUGUCUUCGUGUUUCGGAACGAGCGAGCCGAAGAGAGAGAGGCCGCUCGCCACAACAGCGCCAAACAGAAGACCAUGGAGCUCCUGUUCUCCAAGAUACAAGUCCAGUUCGAGAAAGAGGAGGAAGUAAAAGAAAAAAACAGAAGGAGCAAAGUUUUCAGUCGGCGUGAGAUUGAGAACCUGCAGGACGGCGAGAAGCUAUCCGAAGCCAUGGAGAACGAUGCAGCUUUUGUGGAGACCAGUCUGAGCACACAGCAGGUCAAGGCUGUAAGUAGCUACAGACGAAAUCUGGCCGAGCAGAGGAGGUCAGAGCUCCAGGAGCGCCUGCACAAAGCCGUACUAGAGGCCGAGGGGGAUGGUGCCGCACGAGUCGUUACUCCCGUCUGGAAACUCGCUAUUGCUGACUCCAACGAUCUGCACGGCAAAUGUGUAUAUACGCUGAAUAUCUGGCGACCCACUGAGGAGUUGCGUUCCUUACUGAGAGAGGGCUGCAGAUACAAGGCUUAUCAUCUGGCCACAUCAGAGACUAAGAAGCGCACUGGCAUUGCCAACAUCCAGUUCACAGCCACCAAGAAAACACGGUUUCAGGACGUAGAGGUUCGUCCGGAAUGGUUAAGCCUGCAUUUUCCGGCCAGAGAAUCGACGUGCCUCCGAGAUCUGCAAAACCCAAAAUUUUACUCUCCAUGUGGAGAGGUCGAUGUGGUCGGAUAUGCAAUCACCAUCCUGGAUAGACAAGGUACGUCUCCAGUGUUGUACUUGGUGGAUGAAAAGUUAGAUUUUGUCUCGGUGAGGAUCUGCAGCAGUCUGACUCAUCUUGCUCUCGAGGAUCUGGUUAAGCCAUUAGCUCUGCUGGCUGUGAGCAACCUGCAGAUCCGACAGCUGUCUGGCUCCAUCCCCGGUCUUUAUGCUGGAGAACAAGCACUGUUUUCCACACACCCUAAAGAGACCCACUUACAGCAAGCUGUGGCACGUCUGAAGAUCUUUGCUGAGGGCUACGAGCAUUUCUUAAUAAUCGCAGAGGAGAAGCUGUCGAACCUGAUUCCUACAGGUGUCUUGAACUCUUGUGAAUCCCCCAGAACUCCAGCUUUGCCCAAAUCAAAUGUCAAAAUGAAUGUAACACCCCAACAAGCAAGAGUUUUGUCCCCCUUUACCCCAGUUGCCAAAAAAACACCAACAGCCAGUGCCAACUCUGAGUCCAAAGACCCCAGGAGUGGGAAAAGAAAGCGCGGCUUGGACUACCUGUCUCGUCUCAACUCCCCAGCCCCCCUCCUUUCUCUGGGAAUGGUCCACUCCCCCAGAGUCAGCAAGACUUUCAACCCCCCGAGAAGGUGUGGGACGACCCACUCUCCUUCUCAAACUGACUCAAACCCUCCAUCGGUAGAUAAGCAAUGGGUGAAUGAUGAGGAACUGGCCAUGAUAAACACUCCAACACUACUGGAUGGGUAGGUAAUGCAGGUAAUGCAGGUAAUGCGGUUUAAAGUAUUUAGAGGUAAGCACAAGCCGCCCCUCCCCCCCCCAAAAAAAAAAGCCAGACGUUGACGAAAUGAAAGUAAUAUGACACUGCAUAAAUAAUAUGACCUCAGGAAUGACUGACAUUACUGUUUUGCGUGCACUAAGGCCUGUAUCUUUUAAAAUAGUCUGUAUGUUUCUGAAGUGACUGUAUCCUGCUGAUGAUGACUGAAAAAAUUCAUGACGCCGACUGUAAUCCGUUCAUGUAAAUAUGCUGUUUAAUCCACUGCACAAAAUAUAUAAAUAAAUAAAUGUUCUAUUUAUUUUUAAACUGUUUUAAAUAUAGAUUGUUUG